AUGGCUCAUACACUCUCUGAUUCAGAAACUGAGUCAGAGUAUGGCUCCAAAUCUGAUGAGGAGGAUGAGGCUGUCAAGAAACAACUAUAUUUUCUUAAAGAAGAAUUGAAAUAUUCUAAAGAAACUGCUGAGACAUUGGAAAGAAAUCUAGCUUCUCAAGCGGAAAAGGAUUCCAAGGAACCUUUAAUAUGGAGUAAGCAACAACAAAGGAGAAGAGACGCUGGUAUUAAGCUCGAAGAGCGCUUGGCCAGAGAGGCUGAGGAACAAGCGAGGAAGGAAGCAGAAGAGAAAGCACAUCGAGAAGAAGAACAACGGAUCAGAGAAGCUGAAGAAAAGGCUGCUACUGGAGCUGCUGCUGCUACGAAUGCUGCUGAGGCUGAGGCAAACACUAAAGCCGAAGCUGAAGAAGCAACUCGUAUUGGUGCAGAAGAAGCUGCCAAGGCCAAAGUUGAUGCUCUGACUCAAGGGGAGCACUCUAACUCUGGGUUCGUCCCUCUGGUCUUGAAGACUCUAGAGGAACUGCAAAAGGAACAACAAGUGGUUCGGGCUAGGCUGGAUCAACAGGAUUUUCUCAACAACAACAUUCAAAACAUGUUAUCUCAGCUACUCCAACGGAUGCCUCCGCCCCUAAACCCUUAG